AUGCGAGCUCUGUCGCUUCUCUUUGGGCUGGCGGCCUCUGCCUCUGCCUCUGCCGUGACUCUGAGAGACAAUCAAUCCUUUCAAGCGAAAUGUGAGCAGUUUGCCCACAAGAUCCAGGUACAGGAUGGAAAGGUCCACCAGGUGACUUAUGUCCCAUCUGGAACCAAUGUUUCCAUGCCAGCCGUUCCGGCGAGCUGUGGAGGAAAUGCGUACAGCGACAAGACACCCUUUGACUUCUGUCGAGUUUCUCUUAAUGUAACGACUUCGCCCGAAAGUCAAUUCUACAUGGAGGCGUGGCUCCCGAGCAACUACUCGGGUAGAUUCUUGAGCACCGGCAAUGGAGGCCUUGGUGGAUGUAUCCAGUAUAAGGACAUGUUCUACGCCACGCAGUAUGGUUUUGCCACCGUCGGCACCAAUAAUGGACAUAACGGAGAUACCGGAGUCUUUUUCUAUCACAACAAUGAAACCCUCAAAGACUACGCCUACCGAGCCAUGCACACCGGUGUCGUUGUCGGCAAAGAGAUUACCAAGCAGUUUUACAGCCAAGGCUACCAUAAAUCUUACUAUAUGGGCUGCUCAACCGGGGGCCGUCAAGGUUGGAAAGCUAUUCAGAAAUACCCCGACGACUUUGAUGGCGUACUUGCAGGAUCCCCUGCAAUCAACUUGGUCAAUUUGAUCAACUGGGGUGCUCGCUUCCUUCCGAUCACGGGGAAUUCCAGCGCGGCGAGAUUUGUGACGAAUGAGCAAUGGACAACAGUUCACAAAGAAAUCCUCCGGCAAUGCGAUGAUCUCGAUGGUGCCGCUGACGGCAUCAUCGAGGAUCCUGAUCUCUGUCAUCCUGUCUUUGAGACACUGCUCUGCAACUCGACCACUUCAAAAGGCUGCGACUCCUGCCUCACAGGCACACAGAUCGAAACAGUGAACAGAGUCUUCAGUCCUCUAUACGGUAACAACGACACACUCUUGUAUCCAAGAAUGCAGCCAGGCUCCGAGCUUCUCGCCGCGUUAAUGUAUUAUAACGGUAUGUCAUUCGCUUAUGCCACAGAGUGGUUCCGUUACGUCGUUUACAGCAACCCGAAUUGGGACCCUGCCACAUGGAACAUCCAGGAUGCCAUUGUCGCGAAUGCACAUGAGCCAUACAAUGUGUCGACUUUCCAGGGUGACAUCUCCGCGUUUCAAAAACGGAAUGGCAAAGUCCUCCACUACCAUGGAAUGGAAGACCCCAUCAUCACCUCUGACAGCUCAAAGAUGUAUUACAAGCAUGUUGCCGACACCAUGAGCCGAAGCCCCACCGAGCUGGAUGACUUCUAUCGCUUCUUUACUAUUAGCGGCAUGGGCCACUGUUCUACGGGUGCAGGUGCUAGCUCGAUUGGGCAAGGCCUGGGAACAUUUGCAGGUAAUGAUCCUCAGGACAAUGUUCUUCUGGCUAUGGUGCGGUGGGUGGAAGAAGGCAUUGCACCGGAGUAUGUGCGGGGAACAAAGUUCAACGGUACGACUGUGGAAUAUCGUCGCAAGCACUGCAAGUACCCCAAACGGAACAAGUAUGUUGGUCCGGGGCCAUAUGAGGAUGAGGAUGCUUGGGAGUGUGUCUAG